UGACAAUUAACUGUCAUAUAAAUUAAUUGAGGUUAUAGUUAUGAUUAAAGUAAAAAAGUGAUAUGACAAAAAUAUAAGGGGGCAAUUAUUAAGUUUAUAUUCCGAUUUGUUUAGAAAUGAUGACGUCUCAAACUUUUCCGGUUUUAAAAAAUGACAGAAUUCUUAAAGUUGCAAGGGGUGAAAAACCUGACAAACUACCUAUAUGGAUAAUGAGACAAGCUGGAAGGUACUUACCUGAAUUUUUGGAGUUCCGUAAAAAACAUUCCUUUUUUGAAAUUUGUCAAACUCCAGAACUAGCUUGUGAAGUUACAUUAAUGCCAAUAAAACGGUAUGACUUCGAUGCAGCUAUUAUUUUCAGUGAUAUUCUGGUUAUUCCACAGGCUCUAGGUAUGACUGUAGAAAUGAGACCUUCAGUUGGACCUGUUUUACCUGAACCUUUAACACUAGACAAUAUAAAAAAUUUGAAAAAAGAUGGUGCUGUUUCAAAGUUGAAAUAUGUAGGUGAUGCUAUAACUCUCACAAGACACAAACUAGAUGGGAAAGUACCCCUAUUUGGAUUUUCUGGUGCCCCUUGGACUCUAAUGGGGUACAUGAUAGAAGGUGGAGGUUCAAAAACCCUUAGUAAGGCUAAGAAAUGGUUGUAUCAAUAUCCAGAGGUAUCACAUCAGCUUUUAGAACUAUUGACUGAAGUUAUAAUAGGUUACUUAGUAAUGCAAAUUGAAUCUGGGGCCCAGAUAGUUCAAGUAUUUGAUAGUAGUGCUGAAUAUCUCAACAAGAGUUUAUAUGCAAAAUUUUGUUUACCUUAUUUGAAAAAAAUAGCUACAGAAAUAAAAAGUAAAUUAAAAGAUAAAAAUUUGGAACAAGUUCCUUUGGUUCUGUUUGCCAAAGGGGCACAUUUCAACUUUAGUGAUCAAGCUGCACUAGGUUAUGACGUUCUUGGUAUAGACUGGACCAUGAAUCCUGAUAUUGUGAGGAGUACACUUAAGGAUAAAAAUAUUACUGUACAGGGUAAUCUAGACCCAUGUGCCUUAUAUGCUCCUAAAGAGGAAUUAAUCAAAUUAGUGACUGACAUGAUCAAAGCAUUUGGUACUGAUAGAUACAUUGUUAAUUUGGGUCAUGGCAUUUACCCAGAUGCUCCUACUGAAAGUGUUCAAACAUUUAUAGAAACUGUACAUUCUGUAAAAUUGUAAUAGUGGAGUAAUUUGGUUUCUACAAUGAAUAAAAUAAAGAAGUUUC